AAUGAUACUGAAAUUGUUUGUUUUCAGGUAUGUCCAGUUUGUGCUAAAAGGGUGGGGAUGAACAUUGUUACUCACAUUACUGGGCAGCAUGGGAACUUCUUUAAUAUAUCCUUUUAUCUCAAAAUUGAGACUGGAGAAGGGGAAGCUAACUUAGCAUUUUCUAUACUGAGAAAAGAGCUGCGAAAAGGAAGUUUACAAUCCCUUCUUGGUGGAUCUUCGUGCUCUGUUUUGUCCUCCGAUACAGAACCUGAUCCAUUGCUUUCACCUUUUAUAUUUCUUGUCAUAGUUUUGCAGAAUUGGAAAACUUAA